AUGUAUAUUAUUGAAAGGAGUAAUUUAAAUUUACAGAAUUGGGAAUCAUUUGCAAAGCAAUAUAAUUUAUCUCUGGAUAAGGCUUAUGAAUUUGCUGGUGGUUAUAAUUAUCUUCGUAAAACAAAUGAGGAAAUCGCAAAUCUAAGAAAAUUUUCUUUGCAAACAAAUUUUGUUCCAAAUAUGUGUAAUGGAUUAGAGCAUCGUUCAGCAUUUCAAGUGAUUAUACGAAUGAGGAAAAUGUUUGACCCAGGACGCAAAAAACUUUUUAAAACAUCAAGGUUAAAAUGGAGCGAGGAAGAGGAUAAAAAAUUAGCAGGAUUGGUGGCAAGAGGAAUGAAUUAUGUUCAAGCUAGUCAUGCCAUUGGACGCCCUGCAGAUUCAGUAAAGCAUAGAUUAAAUGUGCUAAAAGCAAAAGGAGCGGUGGCAGAAACAGCGAAUUGUUUUACUGAACCUUGGUCUGAAAGCGCUAGGCUUUGUUUAUUUAAAUUCAUUCGAAGAUCCAUGUGCUCUGUAUUGGACAACAUUCCGAAAGGGUCUAAGCUAACAUUGCCUGUGGAUCUAGCCUUAUCUAAAGAUUUUGAAGAAUUAAGUAAUCUUUUAAACUGGUAUGCUAUUAGCGUAGAAUUAUAUCGUUCGAGCGAAGACUGCAAAAAACAGUGGCUAAAAGAAGCUGAAAAAUUACGUAAAGCAGUUUUUGAUUGUAAUGGUGACCGAAUUGCUGCGAUAAAAAUGUGCAUGCCAGAAAUUAUUUCUUUGAAAGUCAGUCAGUGGAUUAAAAUUAUAGAUAUUAUGCUAGAACAGAAUCCAUCUACUGUAUAUGAAAUCGAUAAAAAAGUUCUUCAAGUCAGGUUUCUUGAACUUACUACCAUAAUUUAUAGGUUAAAAGAAGAAGAUCUGACAGGAUUCAAUUCACAUGGUCGUUCGGAAAGCCUCUAUUGUAGGCAAGUGAUUAGCGUAUUUAUCGGUGAUUAUUAUCGAAAUGCUGAAAUCAUUUUGAUAGAACCACAUAAAAAAAAAAAAAAAAAAUUAUUGGAAAUUAUGAGAGUUUACGUGAAAUUUACUCAUGAGUAUAAAUCUAUUAGAGAUGAUUCAAUUUUUGCAUCAUUUCUACAGUAUUUGUGA